UAGCGGGAGAGCUAAUAUGAGUCACUUUCUCCCUCCUUAUUCCUUAACCAUUCCUUUCCCAAUACAUCUCAGACUCUCAGUUACUCAAGAUAUUCAAAACUCAAAGUGCAGCCCCAACCCAGUUCAGGCUACGCCGGACAGCCGGAGUCCGUCUACCAUCGCGCCCACGCCCACGCCCACGCCCACGCCCACGCCCACGCCCACACCGCUCCUCCGACCUCCGCGGCUGCCGGCAACCAUCGCCCAUCAGAAUCAUUAUAUUGAAAAAGUGAGGGUAAUUAUCUACAAAGCCCACACAUCAAAAUUAUGCUUGGAUUGUCUUAUGGAGAAAUUUUCCUUCUACUUGGAGCAACUGCUGCUCUAAUUGGGCCUAAGGAUCUUCCAAUCAUCGCCAAAACAGCCGGUCGAUUAGCUGGGCGCGCUAUUGGUUAUGUUCAAUUGGCUCGUGGGCAAUUCGAAAAUGUCAUGCAACAAACUCAAUUUCGCCAGGUAAAUAAAGAAUUGCAAGAUACAAUGGCACAACUAGAAGCUAUUCGCCACGAAGUUCGCAGCCUAUCCAUCAUGAACCCUGGCCCAUUGACACGAAGGCUAAUGGAUAAUCCUGAUCAAGAUACUACAGAUGCAGGGGCUACUGCCAAUGCUCGGCCUUUAACUAUCAGCAAAGAGAGCACUGCUGUAGGGGAACAUCAGGAACAACAUGAACAUAUCCAACAGCAGCGGCAGAAGCUUAAGACAGAGACCACCUUGUUUAAGGAGCAUGGCUCAGUGGCUUCUGGAACAUCCAAUUUGUAUAGCCAAGCAACUGCUUAUGCUAAGUUGACAGAGUCCCCAGGUCUAAGAGUUGGGACAAUGGAAAGUAGUGUUAAUGUUGACACGGUUGAUGACAGACCUGGCCUUCUGUCAGUCCUUCCUGUAUCUGCUGAGAGCGCAGGUUUACUUCCAAAUCGUCAAGGUGAUAUAACAGGGUCUGACAUUGUUCUAGAAGCUGUUUUAGAGGCAGAAGUUGCACGCAGUGCCAAAGAAUUUUUCUCCCAGCCAGAAAAUCAGAUCAAAUCUGAAUGAUUUUUAGUUCAGAGAGACAGAGACAGCUGGGCUGGCAAACUGUGACUCCAUGUGAUACCUUUGCUUUGAUCCUUUGACAUUACACACCAUUGUUUUUAUACUGGUUCCAGCCCCUUUCAUAUAUGCAAAAGCUGAGACCAAAAUGCCUAACCCAUAGCUGUUGUUACUUAAACGUUAAAACUUGAAUUAUUUUCGCCCCUUAGAGUGUCAUAUGCUGCAUCUUGUAACAGUGUAUGAUGCAUAUGAUGGGCUGCAUGUACAAACAAUUUUCGUGGGAGGUUUGGGUGGUAGGAACUCGAGAAGGAGGGUUUAGAGGAUGGAUAAUGAUUUUUUAUUUAGGCUCCGAUGCUCCGUUCACUUGACUAUUAUGAACUGAAACAAGCAAAACUUGAUUUUAAUUGAUGAAAUCGAUUUGAGCUUAUUGAUUGAUUUUUAUUAUUCCGUCUUUAACUCACUCUUUAGUGCUAUUCUCUUAUGCAGUCUACUGUUUUUGACUGAACAAAACAUAUUUCUACUUAUUAAAAAUGAUCUUUACUGAAUAUUGAUUUUUGAGUUGAAGUGAAGAGGGCCUUAGGUUACUGAAUGAUUUUUAUGUAAGCAAAGACUUGCAGAACAUCUGAUUGCAGAAAGAACUACUUACUAUACUUAGAAUCACUGGUAUAUCUACUGUGGAACCUUUUCUCAAGAGCUGUUAUGCUAACAUGCAAAUCCUUGGAAGAUGCUUUUACGUUAACAUGCAACUC